AGGAGGCGGCGGUGGCUCCCGGGGCGUUUGAGCGGGCUCACCCGAGCCCGCGGGCCAACGCGGAUCCAGGCCCGACUGGCGGGACCGCCCCGGACUCCCCGCGGGCCUUCCUAGCCGCCAUGGAGGACGGCGUCUAUGAACCCCCAGACCUGACUCCGGAGGAGCGGAUGGAGCUGGAGAACAUCCGGCGGCGGAAGCAGGAGCUGCUGGUGGAGAUUCAGCGCCUGCGGGAGGAGCUCAGUGAAGCCAUGAGCGAGGUGGAGGGGCUGGAGGCCAAUGAGGGCAGUAAGACCUUGCAACGGAACCGGAAGAUGGCAAUGGGCAGGAAGAAGUUCAACAUGGACCCCAAGAAGGUGCUUGGGGCCACAGGACUGGGAUCAGCUGGGCAAACAUCCAGGCAGGGGCUUCUGGCACCUCCGGGUUCAAGAAGCGUGAUGGUGCCGGGUCUAUUCUAGGUGGACAGACUUGGUCCUAAUCUCUGGAUUCAGAUAUUGGCUGUCCAUUUGUUUUCUGAACACUGAACACUGACCAAGUGUUCCAGCCCUCCUGACUGUUUUGUCCCCUGCCUGGAAGGUCGUCUUCCACUUUCUACUUGUAUGGGCGCAUUUCUGGUCCCAAGAUGAGCUCGAGUCUUGUAGGGGCUGUGGACAAAGUGACAUGCACAAAGGAGAGUUGACCUCCCUCCCGCAAAGGUGCCGUGACGGAGGAAGGGGAUCCAGUUCUUGGUGGAGAAUGAACUGCUGCAGAACACACCCGAGGAGAUCGCCCGCUUCCUGUACAAGGGCGAGGGGCUGAACAAGACAGCCAUCGGGGACUACCUGGGGGAGAGGGAAGAGCUGAACCUGGCAGUGCUCCAUGCUUUUGUGGAUCUGCAUGAGUUCACCGACCUCAAUCUGGUGCAGGCCCUCAGGCAGUUUCUAUGGAGCUUUCGCCUACCCGGAGAGGCCCAGAAAAUUGACCGGAUGAUGGAGGCCUUCGCCCAGCGAUACUGCCUGUGCAACCCUGGGGUUUUCCAGUCCACAGACACGUGCUAUGUGCUGUCCUUCGCCGUCAUCAUGCUCAACACCAGUCUCCACAAUCCCAAUGUCCGGGACAAGCCGGGCCUGGAGCGCUUUGUGGCCAUGAACCGGGGCAUCAACGAGGGCGGGGACCUGCCUGAGGAGCUGCUCAGGAACCUGUACGACAGCAUCCGAAAUGAGCCCUUCAAGAUUCCUGAGGACGACGGGAAUGACCUGACCCACACCUUCUUCAACCCGGACCGGGAGGGCUGGCUCCUGAAGCUGGGGGGCCGGGUGAAGACGUGGAAGCGGCGCUGGUUUAUCCUCACAGACAACUGCCUGUACUACUUUGAGUACACCACGGACAAGGAGCCCCGAGGAAUCAUCCCCCUGGAGAAUCUGAGCAUCCGAGAGGUGGACGACCCCCGGAAACCGAACUGCUUUGAACUUUACAUCCCCAACAACAAGGGGCAGCUCAUCAAAGCCUGCAAAACUGAGGCGGACGGCCGAGUGGUGGAGGGAAACCACAUGGUGUACCGGAUCUCGGCCCCCACGCAGGAGGAGAAGGACGAGUGGAUCAAGUCCAUCCAGGCGGCUGUGAGUGUGGACCCCUUCUAUGAGAUGCUGGCAGCGAGAAAGAAGCGGAUUUCAGUCAAGAAGAAGCAGGAGCAGCCCUGACCCCCUGCCCCCAACUCCAUUAUUUAUUACGGAGCUGCCCCGCCUGGGUGGCCGGACCCCUGGGCCUUGGGGCUGUGGAUCCUGGUUCCCUGUUUGGAAAAUUCACCACCUCUAGCUCCUCACUGUUCUUUGUAAUUAACACGCUGUUGGUAAUCUUAUUAAUUAUUUAACCACUUGG